AUGGCCCUCGAUAAUUUAAUUUUCGGACAAUGCAUCCUCUAUUUUUUGGCGUUUGUGCUUGGUUUUAUUGCCGUAGUGGCUCUCUCCGAAAACACGGAGGAUUUUCAUGGAAAAUGCUUGCUUUUCACGCGUGGUAUGUGGCAGAAUGAGAACAUUACAGUCUCAAAGCAGCGCUUUAUCAUUGAGGAGUGGGGACCGGAGUCUUCCUGCAGUUUCAUCACUUUUGUCGGGAUAGCAUCUCUCAUCCUGUCCGCAGUGCAGUCAUGGAGACUGCUGUUGUUUCUUUUCAAAGGCCACGACGAGUGAGUGUCCUAAUCACUUGUGGUUGUUGUGUUUUCAUUUGCAUGUUUUCUUCGUGUUUUUUCUAUCUGAAUGAUUUAAAUAGAGAAAAAGAGAUGGGGUGUGAUUCAAGUAGCCCAUGCCCAUCCACUUCCACACCCGAAUGAUCAGUGAUGCUGCUUGAUUAAAUACAGCAAAAAUCAAUUCCGUUAGCCUUUCAUUCAUUUGCUUUUUCUGAGGUCUACAGAUCUAGGCCCCAUAAAACAAAAACCUUAUGUUUCGCUGCUUCGCUCCAUAAUCAAUAUGUUCAAUCAGCCGAGGGAAGAAAUGCCAUUUUCUGCCUUUCAACCGAGGUGCAAUCACAGAAACUGCAUUUAUGGAUAGGCCUUAUAUAAUGAUUAGGCGUCUGCAAUCUUUAUAAAACAGUUUUGCUACUCUGCAAUGCAGAGGUUUUCAUUAGUCUGUCGUUGUUUCUUUCUGACAUAGGGUGGACAGGUUAAUCUAUCCAUCCACUUAAAAAACAUGUAUCUAAAACUAAGAAUGAAUGAAUUCUUGGCAUAAAGGUACACCACCAAUCUCUUUAUAUUGGUCAUAUUGUCCAUUAGAAUGCAACAUAGUCACAGUUAAAUUAAAACCUACAGUAUCACUCAUGCAUUUGACAAGAUGGUUGGAUCAAGAGUCUUAAAAAACACCACAAUCUCCACAGAUAUCAUCUAACCAAGUCCAAUACAUACACUAGGGAAGUGUGCCAGGGAUGGUAAUGACAGAAAAAUUAUAUUAUUGAAACUGUGUCUUACAUUCUCUCUCUCGCUUUCUAUCUUGCUCUUUCACUCUCUCUCUGUGAGUGCAGUUCCCUAUUCAAUGCCUUCCUGAAUCUGGUGAUCAGCUCCUUGGUGGUGUUCACAGUGUUCCUCUCCAGUACCAUCAUCAGUGUGGGCUUCAACCUGUGGUGUGACGCCAUCACAGAGGGGGGGAGCAUGCCCAGCAGGUGAGGCUCAUGACCCCUUCCUCAACUCACACUGUCUCACAUGGCUCUUGGACAGUCCGGAGAGUUCUUUUCCUAAACUAACUUUGUCUUGUAUCUCAGCUGUGAGGACCUGCAGGACACUGAUCUGGAGUUAGGACUGGACAACUCCUCGUUCUAUGACCAGUUUGCCAUUGCCCAGGUAAGGGUCAGACGUAUGUAUAGUGUCAUACACUGUGUUGAUAUCUUAGACUGUACCGGGGACUUAUUAAAAAAUGUGCAAUGAACUUGGAAACCCCCAGCUCUUGUUGAAAUCUGUGAGGCUAUGUAAUAUCUGUUAAACAUUCCCCCUCCCCCGUCUCUGCUGUGCAGUUUGGUCUGUGGGCAGCGUGGCUGACGUGGCUGGGCAUCACAGUCAUGGCCUUCCUCAAGGUCUACCACAACUACCGCCAGGAGGACCUUCUGGACAGUCUUAUCCACGAGAAGGAGCUGCUGCUGGGACACUCGUCCCGCCUGGGCUCCGAUGCCAACCAGUUGAAGAGUGGCAUGAUCUAA